GGCAAGACGGCUGUGUUGGCCGAUCAGUGUUGCCAAGUCUGCUGUUUCCCCGCGGAAUUGGUCUACUUUAACACUGUUGCCGCUGGUUGAAGCGAUCCCAAUAGCGUAAUAUUUAACCCCUGUAAUGCUAAUUUUACCAGGGAAGUCCCACCAAAAUCGUGAUUUUUACCCGCCGGAACGCGACUUUUACCGGGGGGGGGUCUCCCCUCGAAACACGAUUGAGCUACUUUUGAGUAGCAAUUGGGCGGGUUUUGUUGUGUAACCUGGCAACCCUGUGGCAGAUUCGUUUACGGGAGACCGCGGAGAAGAGCGAAGAUUAGAUAUGUGAAAAACAUUUGCCGGUUUUAAAAAAAACUGAUCUUGUGCCUGAAGGUUGGUUAUUGAUUAAUUGAGUCCCUGUCUUACCAUCCUGAACAGAAUGGAGACCUCAUCUAAAGAAGAAUACAAGAUCCAGUCGUUUGAUUUAGAGACACAGAAACUCCUUAAAACUGCAUUGAAAGGUCAUUAUCUUUGCAUGACACAUUUUACAAUUAGGCUUACAAUUGUGUUUUUAUUUAUAUAUAUAUAUUUUUUUUUUUUCUCAUCAGACCCAGGCUCAGUUGACCUGGAGAAAGUGUCGAACAUAAUAGUGGACCAAUCUUUGAAGGACCAGAUCUUUAGUAGGGAGGCCGGACGCAUCUGUUACACAAUUGUCCAGGCCGAGGCCAAACAGACCAACGGGAACGUGUUUCGGCGUAACCUUCUGAACCGACUGCAGCAGGAAUUUAAAGCCAGAGAAGAGACUCGGCAGAGAUCCACUGAGGAGUGGGUUUGCCUUGUGUCCUUCAUCUGCAACAUCUUUGACUACCUCAAGGUGAACAACAUGCCUAUGGUGGCCCUGGUGCACCCCGUCUAUGACUGUUUGUUCAGACUGGCCCAAUCUGAUGCCCUGAAGAACGAGGAGGAGGUGGACUGUCUGGUGUUACAGUUGCAUCGUAUUGGAGAUCAGCUGGAGAAGAUGAACCUGCAGCUCAUGGAUAAGCUGUUCAAUCUCCUGAGGGAUGGAUUUCUCCUGCAGGAGGACCUGAGCUCCAUGGGCCGCCUGCUCCUGCUUGAGAUCCUUGAGUUUCGCGCAGGAGGCUGGACUCUCAGUGAAACUGCUCAGAAAUACUACUACAGCGAAGUGACGGACUGAGGCCUCCACCUAUCAUGAGAGGGAAACAAGAAGGCGCAAUGAAAUUACAAUCCGUAGGAACCAAGUGUGGAGGUUUUAUUUUUAUAUUUACCUUUGAUGAAGGCUUGGAGAUUCACUAGGUAUGAGGUUUGACAUGAAGUAGAAGACUGGUCAAAGUUAGGUGUAGAACUGGGUUUGGGUUUUGUUUUGACUUUUUUGAAUUGACUUUUUAAGUUGGUGAUUUUGCUUUCUUGAUGCACAUUCAUAGUUUUAUAGUUUUAUCCAUUCACAUUAUUUAAAAAAAAAAAAACACAAUUUUUUAGAUCAAAGUUCUACAACUUUAUCAAACUCUGGAAUGGCCGUCACCAGUGAAUGGCCGCUUGGGGUUUAACUAAUAGCUGCUGGUAUUAUUUCCCCAAUUGCAAAGUCUUUCAGUUUGUUUCAUGUUCCAAUCAGAAGUUACAGAAGAUAGGUUGUGAAUUUUGUUUCAUAUUGACUUUGGCUUCCUCAUGUCAUGAUUUAGAAAACACCAACAAAUCUGCAAAGAGUAGUCCAUGUUGUAAUGCUACAGAAAUAUGUUAAUGUCCCAGCAUUACCUAGGACAAACUAUUAAUGUGCAAUAGCGUAGUUAAGCAACACUCCUACUACAAAUCCAGUUACUGAAAAAAAUAAGUUAUAUCUGAAGGGCUUUUUAAGGUUUUUAUUUAUUUUAUUUUAUUUAUUUUUUUUGCUAUAGUCAUGUUAUCUUUAGUUAUUAUUGGUCACAGAUCUUUAGACAUUUUAGUUACUGAGUUUAAAAUUGAAUGUAGUUCAACAGUAGCAGCAUUAGAAUCAUGAUUCAUUUGAUUUAGUUUUUAUAUUUGUCAAAGAUUAACACAAAGGGCUGUAAUCCUAACACUAGAGGUUACUAGAUGAUUUUAAUAUCAAUAUAUGUAAUUAAUUUUAGUUUUCAGAUUUUUAUUAAGUUGACUAACAAUUUGCCUCGAUAGGAGGAAUAGACAAUUUUAUUGUAUAGAGAGGAGGAUUACUUUAUAUAAUAUAUAUUUAUGUUCUAUAAUACACCUUAAAUCAGUGAAAUCUGUUUUGAUGGUGCAAAAGCAGUUUACAAGAGUAACAGAAAUACAAUGUUUCCUUGAGGAAUAUUAUACUAUAUUAUAUAUAUUAGGCAUUAAGUGUCACAAGUUUGCAUAUAUAUAUAUAUAUAUAUAUAUAUAUAU